GAUGGCAACACCAACACCCCACUUUCUUCUUUUCCCCCCACAAUUUUUUUUUCUGCCCAUCAUUGCCAAUUUAUUAAUCCCUUGCAUUGCACGCCCUUCAUCUUCCUCUCUCUCGUUUGUGUGUUAUAUAAAGUAUAAACCUCAAAAGGGGUCUCUAAUUACGUUCCAAUUCCAAUUCCCACAACCCCACUUCAUUUCCCGCACCUUAAUUCCAAGAAUGGCGAAAGCAGAAGAAAAUGUGUACACGCUGGCUUCGCUGAGGGAGCAUUUGAUUAGGCAAGAGGAUACCAUCAUUUACGGUCUCAUUGAGAGAGCCAAGUUUCCUUCCAAUUCUAACACCUACGAUGACAAGUAUGCUCAAAUCCCUGGUUUUUCUGGCUCAUUGGUGGAAUUUGUUGUUAAAAAUGCGGAGGACGUUCAAGCUAAGGCUGGAAGAUACACAAACCCUAAAGAACACCCCUUCUUCCCUGAAAAUUUACCACCAUCAAAUGUUCCAUCUUACCCCUUCUCACAGUUUUUGCAUCCUGGACCUGCUUCAAUUAACAUAAACAAGUCAAUCUGGAAAAUGUACUUUCAAGAUUUACUUCCAUUGCUUGCUACUUCGGGUGAUGAUGGCAACUAUGCGCAAACUGCUGCUGCUGAUCUUUCAUUACUGCAGGCUAUCUCAAGUAGGAUUCACUAUGGAAAGUUUGUGGCUGAGGUGAAAUUCAGGGAUGCUCCUCAAGACUAUGAGCCUUUAAUUCGAGCUAAGGAUAGAGAAGGUGUGAUGAAAUUGUUGACAUUUACGGACGUUGAAGAGACAGUGAGGAAGAGGGUUGAAAAGAAGGCCACAGUGUUUGGUCAGGAAGUAAGUCUUGACAGUGAUAAUGAUGGCAAUGGAAAACGUAAGUUUGAUCCAACAGUGGCUUCUCGUUUGUACAAAAAUUGGAUGAUACCUCUCACCAAGGAGAUUGAGGUUGAGUACCUCUUGCGCCGUUUAGACUGAAGGCAUUUGAAUCCAGUCAGAGUUUAGAAAGAACAAAACAUUAAUAUGAUGUUGUUUCAUUGAUUAAGUAUGCUCUUAAUUAAGUGAUACUUUAUUGCUGUUUUAGCAUUUUUUAUAUGACUGACAGAAAGUUAUUGGAAAUCAUGAAUUUUGAUGGAUUCCAUUUAUGUUAAGAGACGAAGAUAAGUUAGGCUCUGUGACUCGCUAGUUGUAAACUAGAGCAUACUUUUUGAAGAAGUAAACCAGGCUUAUACUUU